AAAAUUAAAAAAUUAAAAUGGUUGGUAAAAUUAAAAGGAGAAUAUAUCAAGACCUGGAGGCCAAGGUAUUUUCUUCUGAAGAGUGAUGGUACAUUCAUUGGCUACAAAGAGCGACCGCAAGAUGUCGACCAGCUGGAAACUCCCUUAAAUAACUUCUCUGUAGCACAAUGCCAGCUGAUGAAGACAGAAAGACCUAAGCCCAAUACAUUUAUCAUCCGCUGCCUGCAGUGGACCACUGUCAUCGAGCGCACCUUUCACGUCGAGACCCCUGAGGAGAGGGAAGAAUGGACUAAAGCGAUCCAAGCUGUGGCAGAAGGGCUGCAGAAACAAGAGGAGGAGAUGAUGGAUUCCUCUCCAGAUCCCAUGGAUAUGGAGGUCUACCUUACCAAACCCAGACAAAAAGUGACUAUGCACGACUUUGAAUACCUCAAACUCCUGGGAAAAGGCACUUUUGGCAAAGUUAUCCUGGUAAAGGAGAAGGCCACAGGACGCUACUAUGCCAUGAAAAUCUUAAAGAAGGAGGUGAUCGUAGCAAAAGAUGAAGUGGCACACACACUCACAGAAAACAGAGUCCUCCAGAAUUCAAAGCACCCUUUCUUGACAGGACUGAAAUACUCUUUCCAAACACAUGACCGCCUUUGCUUUGUCAUGGAAUAUGCCAACGGUGGCGAGCUUUUCUUCCACCUUUCAAGGGAUCGUGUAUUCUCAGAGGAGCGUGCUCGGUUCUAUGGUGCAGAGAUCGUGUCUGCGCUUGACUACCUGCAUGCUGAAAGAAACGUAGUCUACCGAGAUCUAAAGUUGGAAAAUCUGAUGCUGGAUAAAGAUGGACACAUAAAGAUAACAGAUUUUGGCCUCUGUAAGGAGGGGAUCAAAGAUGGUGCCACCAUGAAAACAUUUUGUGGAACGCCAGAGUACCUUGCUCCUGAGGUACUUGAGGACAACGACUACGGCCGUGCUGUGGACUGGUGGGGCCUUGGUGUGGUGAUGUACGAGAUGAUGUGUGGCAGGCUUCCUUUCUACAACCAGGACCAUGAGAAGCUGUUUGAACUCAUCCUCAUGGAAGACAUCCGCUUCCCACGGACACUAGGUCCAGAGGCACGCUCACUGCUCUCUGGACUCCUCAAGAAAGACCCCAUGCAGAGGUUAGGUGGUGGCCCAGAUGAUGCCAAGGAAAUAAUGCAGCACAAGUUCUUUGCCGGGAUUGAAUGGCAAGACGUUUACGAGAAAAAAUUGGUCCCGCCCUUCAAGCCCCAAGUUACCUCGGAGACGGACACGAGAUAUUUUGAUGAGGAGUUCACUGCACAAACCAUCACAAUUACGCCACCUGGACAAGACGACAGCAUGGAGUCUUUUGACAGUGAGCGGAGACCUCACUUCCCUCAGUUCUCCUACUCUGCUAGUGGAGUGGCCUGA